UCCUCCUCCUCCACGCCCACUGCUAACCAAAAGCCUCUGAGGCUGUGAGAACGCCCCACUCCUUCAUCUGCUGCCUCGCCACUGUCACUCCUCUGCGAUUCCUCCAGCCAGCGCGCCGCCAUGGUUCAUCAUCAGGAAUUUGAAGGUGCGGGGAAGGAGCCCGGCCUGCAGGUCUGGCGUAUCGAGAACUUGGACCUGAAGCCGGUCCCCAAAAAACUGUAUGGCAGCUUUUACACCGGAGACGCCUACCUGCUGCUCUUCACCACCGCAGCUCCAUCCUACAACAUCCACAUGUGGCUGGGUGACGAGUGUUCACAGGAUGAGAGCGGAGCGGCGGCCAUCUUCGCCACACAGAUGGAUGACUUCCUGGGUGGGGGGCCGGUGCAAUUCAGAGAAGUGCAGAACCAUGAGUCCAACGCCUUUCUGGGCUACUUCAAGUCCGGCAUCAAGUAUCAGAAAGGGGGCGUGGCCUCAGGCUUUCAACAUGUGGUCACCAAUGACAUGAACGUGAAGCGCCUACUACAGGUCAAAGGUCGCAGGGCCAUCAGAGCCACAGAGGUGGAGAUGUCCUGGUCCAGCUUCAACAAGGGAGACUGUUUCAUUGUUGACCUGGGAAAGGACGUAUAUGUGUGGUGUGGCAGUGAGUCCAACCGCUUCGAGCGACUCAAGGCCUCUCAAGUCGGCAUCGACAUCAGAGAUAAUGAAAGGAAUGGCCGGGCAAAGUUACACAUGGUGGAGGAGGGGGCGGAGCCAUCUGAACUGACAGAGGUUCUUGGACCCACAACCACCAUCGCUCCCAGUACUCCAGAUGAUGACAAGGUGGAGGCUGUUAACAGGAACAACAGCGCCCUCUACAUGAUCUCAGAUGCCUCUGGUGCCAUGAAGGUGACAGUUGUGGCUCAGUCCAGUCCUUUCAAACAGGCCAUGCUGUCUCCUGAGGAGUGUUACAUUCUGGACAACGGCCCGGACAAAAACAUCUUCGUGUGGAAAGGCCCCAAAGCCAACGAGAAGGAGCGCAAGCAAGCCAUGCUGGCAGCACAGCAGUUCAUGAAAGAUAAGGGUUAUAGCCAGAAAACUCAGAUCCAGGUAUUUCCUCAAGGAAGCGAGACGACCCUGUUUAAGCAGUUCUUUUGUGACUGGAGGGACAAGGAGGAGACCACGGGGCCCGGUAAGGCCUACACCAUCGGCCGCAUCGCCAAAGUGGAGCAAGUGCCUUUUGACGCAUCAAUGCUGCACUCAAAUAAAGCCAUGGCAGCGCAGCAUGGCAUGGUGGAUGAUGGCAAAGGCAAAGUUCAGAUCUGGCGUGUUGAGAAUGGGGAGAAGGUUCCUGUGGAUCCAGCCUCUUACGGCCUCUUUUAUGGCGGUGACUGCUACCUCAUCCUCUACAGCUACAGACAAGGGGCCCGGGAGCGGCACCUCAUAUACACCUGGCAGGGGUUGAAGUGCACUCAAGAUGAACUGGGGGCUUCUGCCUUCCUCACCAUUCAGCUGGAUGACUCCAUGGGAGGGGCCCCAGUUCAGGUGAGAGUGACUCAGGGUCAAGAACCCUCCCACCUGAUGAGCCUCUUCCAGGGCAAACCUAUGAUCAUCCUGAGUGGAGGAACGUCACGCAAAGGUGGUCAGUCGCAGGCGGGCAGCACUCGCCUCUUCCACAUCCGCCAAAGCUCCGCCGGUGCCACCCGGGCUGUAGAGGUGAACCCCACUGCCUCCAACCUGAACACCAAUGACGUGUUCGUGCUGAAAUCCCCCAGCGCGUUGUAUGUGUGGAGGGGCAAGGGUGCGAGCGAUGAGGAGGUGAAGGCAGCGAAGCAUGUGGUCAACUUUUUGGGAGGCACUCCCAGCAAUGUGUCUGAGAACAAAGAGCCAGCUGAUUUCUGGUCUGCUUUGGGAGGCAAAAAGGAAUAUCAGACCUCAAAGAGCCUGCAGGGCAUCAUCAAACCCCCACGCCUGUUCGGGUGCUCCAACAAAACUGGACGGCUUGUGGUGGAGGAGGUACCAGGAGACUUCACACAGUCAGAUCUGGCCACAGAUGAUGUCAUGAUCUUAGACACCUGGGACCAGCUGUUUAUUUGGGUCGGUAAUGAGGCCAAUGAAGAGGAAAAGAACGGAGCUCCAAAAAUAGCAAAAGACUACGUUGAUUCUGACCCUGCUGGUCGUCGGGGAAUACCCAUCACCACCAUUAAACAGGGGGCGGAGCCUCCGACGUUUACUGGCUGGUUCCAGGCUUGGGAUUCCAAGAUGUGGGACACGGACCCACUGGAAAGAGUCCGGGCCCGUUUCUAAAAGUAUAUCUGCAGUCCCCUCACAAGAUGACUUCUUAACCCUGCCUCUGCCUGGGUGACUGAAGGGCCGGUCAUCACCACUAUGCCUUGACCUUGGUGCCGUGUACUGGAAGUCAUUCCAUCACUAAACCAUUCCAAACGCUUUAUUCAUUUUUUCUAUUUAGAGGUUUUCGCCAACAAGUCAUCUGUAAUGCAAAUAAAAAUAAAGAGCUGGAGGAUUUUACUUGUUUCUGUACUACGCUUGUGUUAGAGAAAAUUAACUUCCCUUGCAGGUUUCUUGCAUUAAUGUCUAUUUUCAAUGAACAAGCUUGAACUAGACACCAAGCUUAUGUGUCUGUCAUGCUUUGUUCUCCUUGCUGGCAGCCAAUGCAGAGACCGCAUGCUGCAAUUUGGUCAUUUUUUCUUUGUGAGUUUGGUUUUGCACAAUAAAAAAGUUUGCCUCUUA